CUCUGGGCAACUUGCCCCUCUGCCAGACUGUCCCAAUGGUGACGUCAGUUGUACUAGUGUGGUCUUGAUUACUGGAGGACUAUCAAGUACCUACAGAAAUCUGAAUAAAAGUUAGGAGCUGAACAGGGGUACAGCAGUGAGAUUGACAAGUCACCUGCUCUAAGAGGAAGGCAAUACACAGUUAAAGUGUGCUACUGCUCUUUUACUGAUUCCAGGUUUACAAUGUUCACUAUACUAUGAGUAUCAAUGGAAAAGUACAAGAUGGAUCAAUGGAAAUAGAUGCUGGAAACAACCUAGAGACAUUCAAAACAGGAAGCGGGAGCGAAGAGGCUGUUGAAGUUCACGAUUUCCAGAUUGGUAUAACUGGAAUCCGUUUUGCUGAAGGAGAAAAAUGUUAUAUCAAAGCUCAGCCAAAAGCUCACGUCCCUGAAGUUGAUGCUAUGACUAAAGAGAGCCUCUCAUCUGAUCUGGAAGAUGAAAUCAUGCCUGUUAAAUUUGAUGAAAACUCCCUUAUCUGGGUUGCUGCAGAUGAGCCUAUCAAGGAUAACAGUUUCCUAAGCCCCAAAAUUUUAGAGCUUUGUGGAGAUCUUCCAAUUUUCUGGCUUCGACCAACGUAUCCCAAAGAUAACCAAAGGGAAAGGAGAGAAAUAAAGAGGAAAAUACGCCAAUCAGAAUCAAACUCUGAUGUGGAGGAACUGGAAGCUGCUACUGAAGAAGUAAAUACCAGGUCUCCCACCACACCACUGAUGCAAGACCUUGAUCACCAGUCUAAUGAAACCAGGCCAAUGGGACAAGAAACCAAUCAAACACUUAAUCCAGACAAUCCGUAUAAUCAACUGGAAGGUGAAGGGACAGCUUUUGACCCCAUGCUGGACCAUCUAGGUGUGUGCUGCAUUGAAUGCCGACGAAGCUACACACAGUGCCAGAGAAUCUGUGAGCCUCUCAUGGGCUACUACCCUUGGCCCUACAACUACCAAGGCUGUCGCACCGCCUGCCGAAUCAUUAUGCCCUGCAGCUGGUGGGUUGCUCGUAUCAUGGGUGUUGUGUGAGAGAAAGCAUGCAGAUCCUUGACAAAGUAAGCAAGAGUACAAUGACAACAAACAGAUAAGGGACCUAAACCAAAGCAGCGUUACCAAUCCUGGAUUUUAAAUCAAAGUGUGUGUUAAUGUAUCAAAAGUGAAGUUAGUUAUUCCAACUGUAAAUAAAAUCUUAAAUUAAUACUCCAUUAGCUUUACAAAUGACAAGUGUACACUAGAACUUACUGAAUGCAAAAAUUAAGAUGUCCCAAAACAAGUGAUACUAACUUUGCUCACAAACUGGUUUAACAGUCUAGAAGCUUGCUCGUAAAUCCAAAUUCAGUCUUUCAUAGUAAAACCCUCUCUGAGGUAGAUGUGGAAACUUACGUCCAAUUAGGCAACUAGUUAAACUCGUACACUUGGGAGCACCUUUCAUCCAUGUAGCUUACUUUAAUAAAUCACAAGUUAAGUUGCUCCCUGUUGUUAUUCAUACAGUUGCCAGGUCAUUAUGAAUGGUAAUAAACCAAUUAUAGCAUACCUUUCCCACAAAGCUGCUCCAGGGGACAGGAGAAAGUGCACAUUGUGUUAGAAGCAAAAAUAAAUGGCACAAAGAGGGGGCUGCAGAGCAGAACGUGCGUGGCCGCAGAAGCAAAACGCUUCGCACGUCCAAACAUCAAAGCCACCCCAGCGUCAAGAAUCUUGUAUCCAUGAUACCACUGUCGUGUCUAACGAGUAUCUGCUAUCCAGCUACUAUGGCAAGAAUAUUUACAUGCAGCUGUAGACCAAAAAGCUUCAAGACACUUCCGAAUCUACAACAGUCAAUGUAUUUAUAAAUCCUUGAACUAGACACUUUUAACAGAAGAUUACAACCUCUCUUUAUUCCACAUGGAUAGCAGUUAUUCGUGCUAGCUCCCUUAGUCCAAAGUUAACCUCAGCUCCCCACAACAGAAACUGCUCACCAACAAAAAUGGUUUCUAACCUCAUCCCUAUUGCUUAGAAAAACUCUGCAAUUACUGGAAUUGACCCUCUUAAGUAUUAAUUCUAAAGAAGGUCCUGAGCUGAAACACUCAUGAAGGUGGAAAACUUAGGACAUCUAGUCUUGGAAAACAAAAAUAAAGAUACUGCACUGCCUUUUUCCAUGCCACAUAGGUUGAACUGUACCAUUAUAUUGUUGGAGACAUCUACAUGAACUUCAUCAACAGAGUGGCCUAAUUUUUCCCCAAAGCUAACUUUCUAGAGCAUUUGUUUUUGUGACUAAACAGCUCUCGAGAUGUUGCAAGCCAAGUAAUGUUAUUAACACUGCGUGACACACACAGACGAGGAAUUAAUUUGACAUAAUCAUGCUUAAAAAAAAACCCUUAUGUAGAAUGCUGAACAGCAUCUCUAAAAAACAAAGUGUUAAAUGAGAAUAGGAUGAGCACAGAAUUUGGUAUUUUGUUCCAUCAUGAUCACCUUUAAUAUAAGCUUCACCUUCCCUUAGCCUGAAGAACAGACUUGCUUUGAAAGAUUUAAAUUGAAAAUUUCUUAAAAGUGGGAUUUCAAGGUCUGUUAAAUUUGAGUUUUUGCUUUUUAAAAUGAAAGUGACCUUGAUUAUUAUGUUGUUUUUUUAGAAGCACAUCAUUCAUAUGCUUAGAAAAAUCAGAUUUUUUUUUUUUUUA